UCACUCCAAACCCUAACACAGCUGAGAACUUCUUCACUCCUCUAGAAAAUUUCUCAACCGAAAACCAAAAUCAAAUGGCAAACCCUAAGGUUUUCUUCGACAUGACCGUCGGCGGCGCCCCUGCCGGCCGGAUCGUGAUGGAGCUCUUCGCUGACGUGGUGCCGAGGACGGCCGAGAACUUUCGCGCUCUGUGCACCGGCGAGAAGGGCACCGGCCGCUCCGGCAAGCCUCUCCACUACAAAGGAUCGUCGUUCCACCGCGUGAUCCCCAACUUCAUGUGCCAGGGCGGCGACUUCACGGCUGGGAACGGCACCGGCGGCGAAUCGAUCUACGGCGCCAAAUUCGCCGAUGAAAACUUCGUGAAGAAGCACACCGGCCCUGGCAUCCUGUCCAUGGCCAACGCUGGCCCCGGGACCAACGGAUCUCAGUUCUUCAUCUGCACCGCCAAGACCGAGUGGCUCGAUGGCAAGCACGUGGUGUUCGGGCAGGUCGUGGAGGGUUACGACAUCGUCAAGGCGAUCGAGAAGGUUGGAUCCGGCAGCGGAAGGUGCUCUAAGCCCGUGGUUAUCGCCGAUUGCGGUCAACUCUAGAUCCAUCUCGUGAUGAUCUGUUAUCAUAUAGAUCUGAUGAUGAUCUAUCGUUUUAAUUUCGUUGCUUUCUAUUAUCUGAAUCAAGUUUGUUCGAUGCUUCUGUUUGGGAUUAUGAGAGGUUGUUCCGAGUGAGAUUUACCUCUUUUUUAACUAUGGUUUUAGAUCUGAACUUCUCUUCUCAAUAAGAUUCGAUUUCCAUUUCAAAUUUCA